GUCUGCUCAAUUCGGCCAGGGAUACAUAACCUUGGCCUCGUCGCGUGUUCCUGUGGAUCCCCGCUCCAUUUCCUAACCUUUCGAUGUUACUGACUGUUUCUCUCACAAAUCAUUCCUUACCCGAUUAACAUCUUACCCACGCCACAUAGUCAAGAUAUGUCCUCCGCCAGCGCCGAGAAGGAGCCGUCUUUGAUCACAACAGGGCUUAUAGUCGUCUCUGUUAUAUUUCCAAUCUUGUCGUUGAUAGCAACAUGCCUCCGUUAUAAAGUCCGGCGUCGCCCGGGGCAGGGUCUCGGCGCUGACGACUGGUGGCUAGCAGUCUCAUGGAUAUUCUCGUUCGCCAUAAGUAUUACUAUAUGGACGUUUGCAGGAAUUUCUGGCGUCAACUUCUACACUGUUGAUCCAUAUACCGCCUCCAUUGACGCGAAUUUGUGCCUUUGGAUCGCUAGCUGGUUCAAUCAGGUCAGCCUAACGACGGUCAAAAUCGCGAUCCUGAUCUUUUACAAACGCAUUUUCCCCGUAAAAAGUUUUCACGUCGUGACAUGGAUAGUGAUUGCUGCCGUCUCGUGUUGGGGCAUAAUAUUCUUUUUCCUCACGAUCUGUUGGGGCGACCCAAUCUCCAAAGCGUGGACGGGGGUAGGCGUAUGGCGAUACGAUGUCACCGCGACCGGCCUAGCGAAUGUUGGAUGCAGUAUCUGUCUUGACGUUCUUGUACUAUCCUUGCCUCUUCCCGUCAUAUCUAGACUGCAUCUACCUCUAAGGAAGAAGUUUGCUAUUAGCUUGAUUUUCUGGCUCGGGAUCUUCUGCUGCAUCUGCUCCAUUGUUAGGCUAGUCCUUUUACACGAGGUCCUCUAUCAGGUAGUUGCUUCGGCUGACAGUAUUGGUGUCCAAUCUACACAAUUCUGCUUCUUGGUGAUUGAGCCCCAUUGCUCUAUCAUUGCGGCAUCCCUGCCUUGCUACGGUCCUCUACUGGCAGGUGUAAGGGGUCCGGAGUCAAUGCUACGCAGCAUUCGCUCCGUCUUCUCGCUCGCAAGCAGAGACACGGCAAACUCGGAUAACGGAACGCACAAGCGAAAGACCAGCUCAACCAACCCGCAGACAUAUGACGAGUCUCCAGCCGAACUACAAAAACGUAAUGAAAGUUGGCUUCCUCAUCAGCAUGAUUACAAUGCUGUUAUUAGUAGCAAAGACGGCCAUUCAUCUCAAAGUGACGGCGAUAUUCACAACGAAAGUCAAGGUGCGAUCACGGUGACAAGGGGGUUGGAUGUUGUCACAGACACUACUAAGAUUGUCUAAGCUACCUGAGCUAUACAAGCAUCUAGACACUCCAGAUCCUGUAAGAGAAGCAAGUGCGGUAUACUUGGUCAGAAACAUAAUAGGCUCUUUGUUCGCGUUAUUUAAUUCGGUUGCCGUUCUUGAUUGUACCACCAUCAGGUUAUCAUUAGCACUCUUCUAAUAAUAUCAUUCUACAUUCAUCC